GGUGACAGACAGGCCAGCAGUGGCUCUCUGUACAGCUGCAUCUUAUUGUCUGAUUGCAAUUUGCAGUGUGCUCUUUGCACCCGACCCAGAAGGUUUUCCUGGUGGGUCGGCAGACAGAAUAUCCUUCGUAGCAGCAGUAGUGUCACAGUAUAGUACCUGUGAGGUUUAUGCGGGGCAGCCAUCAUUGAAGUAACCUGUACGGUGUGUAUUAGAGCACAGAUUCUAGCCGUGGUGACUUUACUGCCAAAUGAUGAACUCGAUGGAGGAACCAGGUCACCUAUCUCAAACCAUGAAGGCAUGGGCGCAUUUCCUCAAUGAGGGCGAGAAGACUGAAGAUCCGUGUGAAGGUACUGCUGUAGAUAUAGCUGUGGCCCUCCGGUCGGUGGCGUCAGCCCGGACGUGGUCUUUGGGAAAGGCUGGGUCACGUGUGGACAGGUUCAUGUCAGCCUUUGGGCUGGAGAAGGAGUGUGUGGAGGAUCUGUCCCCAACUGUCGUCCAAGCACAAACUACAGGAGGACCUGCAGAUCCAGUUGCGCCCUUUAAAUCGAAGUACCUCCACGUUUUCCCACUGUAUCAAGACUAUUGUCAUCAUGCGGUUGAAGACCUACCUGGGGAGGGCUUGGUGCCUGAACCAAUAAGAUCACAGAGCUGUGAAGACCUACCUGCGGAGGGCUUGGUGCCUGAACCAAUAACAUCAGAGAGCAUUUUGGCUCUGCAGGGGAUCCGUUUCAGAGCCAAGUUCCAGGUGAUCGUCCCGCCCCCUCAGGUGAUCGUCCCGCCCCCUCAGGUGACCGUCCCGCCCCCUCCUCCGGCACGCUUUCCCAGGGACCACCUGACCACAUUCUGGCAGGACCUGGACGAGGUGAAGGAAUGUGGUGUCCUCGCCACUUUGAGCCCCAGAGAGGUCCACCGUCAGGAGGCUAUGUUUGAGGUCAUCGGCUCCGAAGCGUCCUACUUGAGGAGCCUUGGCGUGGCUGUCAAUCACUUCAUGGCUUCAAAGAAGCUGAGUCGGACGGUGUCUCCACUGGAGCACCACGUUCUCUUCUCCAACCUCCGUCACGUGAUGUCGGCCAGCGAGAGCUUCCUCGUGGCCCUGGAACGCCUUUUAGGAGAGUGUGUGGUCAUACCACAGCUGGGAGGUCUGAUGCUCCAGCAUUGUCCGAGGUUCCGGGCGCUCUACGUGCCCUAUCUCAGCAACAUGAUGUUCCAGGAGGCCCUCGUCAACAAACUCCUACAGGAGAACAAAGGGUUUGUGUCCGCCCUGAAGACCCUGGAGAGGGACCCCGUGUGUCAGAGACGGAGCCUGAAGUCGUUCCUCGUCCUGCCCUUUCAGAGGAUCACUCGGCUGAAGCUCCUGAUGGAGCACGUCUUAACACUGACUGAACCUGACGCAGACUCGUAUCUAACCCUAAUAAAAGCUCUUGUGGGCCUUCAUAAGGUCAUUAUGGAGUGCAAUGAAGGGGUCCGGAGGAUGAAACAAAUUGAGGAACUUGUGCGCCUAGAGGUGCUGCUAGAUUUCAGCAAUUUUAAGUUGCUUCCACUGGUCGUGAAGGGACGCUUCUUAUUGCAUGACGGUCCCUUGAGACAGCUGAAUAGGGUCGGUCCAGACUCAAAAAUCUCCUUCACUGACGUCCAUCUUCACCUCUUCAGUGAUCUGCUGGUCAUCUCAGUUCAAAAGGAGCAGCGUUUUGGCGUGCUAGACCACACCUCAUUCCCCGGCAACGUGCGCGUGGAGCUGGUGAACGCCGGCAUGCUGGCGCUGCCCACAGACUCCUUCCUGCUUCAUCUGUCCCAGAACCAUGCGGGCCACGCCACAGCCCUCAUCCUCGCCGCACGCUCAAGGUCUGACCAAAUGGCAUGGAUGAAGAUGCUGUCUGCUCAAUGUUGAUUGGAACGUAAAUUUACUCGCUCAUAGUGUAUGGUUUGAACAUACAUUUCAUAAUUUCAUAAUUCAUAUUUUAGAGUUUUAAAUGUAAGGAAUAGAGAAGGCUUUGCACACCACAUCACCAUCACUAUAUGAGCACUAUAAUUCAUUAGAGAUUACUUUGUUGGACACUUUUUCUAAUUAUUUUUUAUUUAUUGCAAUGAGAGCACUUUAAAUGGUACUUGGAACACACGUAAUAAGAACGCACUGAUUGUACAUGAAAUAGUUUGAUUUCUGGAAAUAAAAUUGUUAUCCUUUUUA